AUGUCGUCCGUCGAGAACGAGUUUGAUUGUAUUGUAUUGAAUGGCACUGUUGUUACAGCUGCUGACAUUGGCCGAUAUGACAUUGGUAUCAAGGAUGGGAAAAUUCAUAUGCUUGCACCAGCUCUUUCUUUAGCAAACGUUCCUGCUUCACGUGUGAUCGACGCCGAGGGAGCAUAUGUUACGCCCGGGGGAGUGGACGCGCAUGUUCACCUUGCAGAACCGGAGCUAUUUGGCAAAGGUAAAAGCAUUGAUGAUUACACCACAGGAACUCGGUCUGCCAUAGCGGGUGGCACAACUACCGUGAUAGCAUUUGCUCCGCAGGAGAAGACAAACCCAUCACUACUAGGUGUGCUGGAUGAUGCCCACAAGAAGGCCGCUGGCAAUGCCUACUGUGACUACUCUUUGCAUAUCAUCGUCUCAAACCCAACACAACAGGCACUCGAUGAAUUCCCUGUUCUGCGAGAACGUGGCAUUUCGUCUGUGAAGAUCUACAUGACUUAUGAGUCCCUCCAAUUGCGGGAUAGGGAGAUCCUAGAUGUUCUUUUGCAAGCGCGGUUCUGUGGCAUCACUACAAUGGUCCAUGCCGAAAACGGGGACAUGCUGUCUUGGAUGACGGAGAAAUUGGAGGCGCAAGGGCUGAUUGCGCCGAAGUACCAUGCUACUUCUCGUCCACCUCUGCUAGAGAGUGAGGCCACAAACAGAGCUAUCUCUCUUGGCCAGCUCAUUGGGGCUCCAAUUCUGAUCGUCCAUGUAUCAUCUCAAGAGGCAGCCAGGUCCAUUAGAGAUGCACAGACACGCGGUCUCCCAGUCUAUGGAGAAACCUACCCACAAUAUCUAUUUCUGACCCGGAAGAGCCUCGACCAGGAUGGAUUCGAAGGGGCCAAGUGUGUCUGCUCGCCUCCCCCUCGUGAUGGGCCGGAAGAUUUGGAGGCUAUAUUGGGAGGGCUGAAGAAUGGAACAUUUACUAUCCUUUCUUCCGACCAUUGCCCAUUCCUGUAUGAUAAUGCAGAAUAUGGCAAGAAAUCUGCAAUCACCGAAGAUGCGCCGCUUGGACGUUUCCAGCACAUCCCCAAUGGAUGCCCAGGUGUGGAGACGCGACUAUCUUUGGUGUUCAGUGAGAACCGCCUCCGUCCAGAGCGGUUUGUUGAGCUGACGAGCACCAAUCCUGCUAAACUAUACGGGUUGUACCCGCGAAAGGGUGCUCUCAUUCCUGGUAUCUCUGAUGCUGAUUUGGUUAUUUGGUACCCGAAAUUGGACCCGUUCCCUAUCACCAACUCGUCGUUGCAUCACGCCGUUGAUUAUACCCCAUUUGAGGGUCAUGAAGUAUCCCAAUGGCCUCGGUAUACCAUUUCACGAGGGGAAGUGAUGUGGGAUCGGGAUAAUGGAGGUAUUGUUGGCAGCAAAGGCUUCGGUCAAUUUCAGAAUCGCACAGCUAGUGCCUUUUGUGAGGACCUAUCUCCUUGGGAUGUCUCGAAAUUUUAG